CACCGGAUCUAUCCAUUGAAGCGACGGCAAACCAAAUCGAAUCGAAUCGAGCCGACUCGAAACGAACCGAAUCCAAUCCAAUCCAAUCCAAUACAACAAAGUAGACGCAGCGAGCAGCACACCAAAGGACACAACAGAAGCAGACCAUGGCGCCUCUGAUCAGAGCGACCGUGGCCACCGCGGUCACCGCAUCGGUAGCGCUCCUGGGACUGCCAAAGGGGAAYGCCCACACCGGCAAAGAUCGGCUGCAGCAACAACAUUUGCAGCAACAGCGGCACCCGCAGGGAAAGGUCCGCGGCGCGCAGAGGCGCCGCAGAACCGCGGACGACUUUGGGAUCGGCGACGGCGGMGACGGAAGGGCCACCGAAAAGACCAAGAGGAACUGGGAGGGGGACUACGUUCCGCCGUGGAGAGACCCSAGCGACUUUGGCCCCGUGAUCGACAUCACGGGACCCUCCUCCGGUGCGACGGAACCCCCGACCGGCACGCCCACCGGAGUCCCCACCGGAAUGCCAACGGGUACUCCAACGGGUACUCCAACGGGGACACCCACCGGGGCUCCAACGGCGACUCCCACCGUCCCCCCAACCGUCCCACCGACCGGGGCUCCGACGAUACGGGCCACGACCGCCUCCCCCACGGCUUCCCCCGUCGAAACAGCGGCGGCGGUGGCACCGACCCCCGGACCGUUUGCGGCACCGACCCCCGGACCGUUCGCGGCGGUCUUCACCCCGGCCCCCGUUGCGAGGGCGGUCGAGGACCCGAGCAAGGAAGGCAGCGACAGCGACAGCAGCGGAAGCACCGCCACCACYACCAACGACGGCACCAGCGACAACGAAGGCAACGCCGACUCGGUGGCCACGAUCCUCAACGAGGAGACCGGUGCCACCGAGUCGUCCUGCGUCGAGUUCCCCACCAUCGGGACCUACGUCUCGGAGGUCCUGGACAUCGACUACCGCCUCUAUUUCGCGGCGGACGAGAGCACCGAAGGGACGGCGGGAAUGACCGAGGCCGUCCGGGACGCCCUGGGCUCCUCGAUCGAGCCGAUGCUGCACGAAUCCCUCGUCGACCUGGGAAUGGGCUGCCGGGGGAGCGACUUUAUCACCUACAAGCACACRAUGGUCUCCCUCACGUCCAACGCCACGGACUUUUUCGUCGCCGGCGAGUGCCGGACGGAACGCGGCGACGGAGACGGGGGCACCUCGAACGCCACCACCACCACCACUCCCACGGUCUGCUACGAGGGCAGCGGGAGGGUGGAGGCCACCAUGUGGUUUUCCCCCCGCCGGCGCCUCACGGCGCCCGGAUCCAGCACCCCCUUUGGGGACCGGGAGGCCUUUCUGGGGUUCACCAACUGGAUGGAGGAGGCCUUUGCCGAGAUGGGCACCGGGGAGGGCGGGGCCCCCCUUGCUUCCGCCAACCUCACCGGGGCCUCCUUUGCCGGCUACACCAACGUCGACGGCCUGAACUGGGACCUCUUUGCGACCCACCAGCAGACGGGGAUGGGCGUCGACCUCACCUCCGCCUUUAUGGGGACGGCCUACGCGGUGGACGAGGGCAAGAAGUUCAACACCCUCGCGGGCCUGGUCCUCGUCGUGGCCGGCGCCCUCGCGCUCCUCCUGGCCGUCUUUUUCGUCGCGGCCCGGAGGAGGAAGAACCGGAAGGCCUUCCUGGAGCACGCCCGGUGCAUCGACGGACUGGCCCUGGACGCGGAGGACGACCCCUCCCUCGACCGCGCCCGCUGCGUCGUCGACGACGCCUCGCUCUUCGGGCAGGAGUCCCUCCCGGCCGGCUACCGGGUCCGGACGGAGGGCCCGGGGCACGACUACGGGACCUGCGCCAACCCCUCCUGCAAGCUCUGCGGGUCGGCCCGGGACCGGCCGGGRCCSGUCUUUGUCAAGACGGACCCAAACCACUCCUUCACCGAACACCGCUCGACCCUGGAGAGCCGGCGGGACAAGGAGGAAGCCGAACGGCGGUACGAGUCGGUCAUGCUGUAGGUUCCCUUCCCCGCCGGACCACGGAGUGCGGUGGCCUCUGCCCGACCCGAGGCCGAUUUUCAAAGUUCAUAGUAUAACAUAACAUGCCAUGUGUGUCCGAGCACCAAUGGGACAAAACGUAUCUCUCCACCGAAAAAACGCGGUUGCCUCGGGAGAACGAACCACGCAAGAUGGCGAAAAACGAAAAACGCCAAGCUCAGACUAG